AUGAAGCCUGCGCAUUUGUACUUGCUCGGUCACUUGUUCGUGUCGACGAAUGCUGCCGACACCAAACUGCAGAAGGACUGUUUGCCCCUCCCUCGCGAUGGGACGAACUGUCAACAGGCUUGCGAGAUUUUGGCCUCCGAGUUCCCCGGCAGACUGCACUAUGAUGGCUCCGAUAACAACUUCACAAUCUGGGACCAGAAGCAGUUAGAGACCGUCUAUGUCUGUCGUGCCGAGCCUGCAUCUGCCGAUGAGGUCUCCAGAGUCUUGCAGGUUCUUGUGAAUAACUGGUGCAGAUUCGCAGUAAAAUGCGGUGGCCACUCGCGCUUUCCGGACGAUGCGGUCUCUGUUGGCGGAGUUACUAUCGAUCUAGGUCUGAUCAAUAGUACGGUGGUUUCAGAUGACCGAACUACUGCUCGUAUCGGCGGCGGAUCCCUCACGCGCCAGGUUUUCGCUGCUCUUGAUCCAUAUGGUUUGGCCUACGUUGGGGGAAGAGUCGGACAAGUUGGUAUGGGGGGUUUUACCCUUGGUGGUGGUACGUCUGUACUCGCAGCGAGGUAUGGAUGGGCUCUAGAUCAUGUGCUGGAGUAUGAGGUUGUUUUACCAAACGCCACGAUUGUGACGGCAUCUGAGGAUUCACAUCCAGAUUUAUACUACGCCCUUCGAGGCGGUGGGAACAACUAUGGCAUCGUAACGUCAUUCAAUGUAAGUGUAUUUCCUCAGCGUCCUGUGUACGCUGGGUCGCGCACCUUUACCGAUGAUCAGACGGAUCGAUUUCUCGAAGAAGCCGAGAAAAUCUUUUCGAUCCAAGACUACGAAGAUACCAACAUUGGUCUCGAGUACCGGUAUGCCUACUCUGUACAGAAUGGUUGGACUAUGUCGAGUACCCAGCGCUACGCCGAGCCUGUUAUGAAUCCACCGGUGUUCAAUGCCCUUAAUAGCAUUCCGGCUUUGGGAAAUCUCACCGGAGGCAUAAACAGCCUAGCGAGCAGCACAAGCUUCAGUGGGCCACUAGGAAUCACAAGGAAUCUUUUUACCACUCUAACACAUUACCCGUCCUUAGAGGUGGGUAAGAAAGGCCUUGAAAUUCUCAAGAGCAAAGUGGAGGGGGCAAAUCUGACUAGCCUCAACCCGCAGCUAAUUACGUAUUCCAUACCUGCCGCGACGAUGAAAAUGUCGAAGGCAAGAGGCGGCAACGCCCUCGGUCUUGACGUUAAAGGGCAUCUUGUUAUCAAUCUCCUCUCCUUAAGCUGGACUACUAGCGCAUUGGACAAUGCCGCAUACGCUUUGGCAGACGACUUCAUUGCAGACUUUCGAGAAGCCGCUGAGAGUGUCAACGCCUUCCACCCAUUCGUCUACAUUAAUUAUGCGAGCAAGGGACAAGACGUCUUCGCUGGUUAUGGCAAAGAAAAUCAACAGAGAUUGGUCGAGAUUCAACAAGCCAUUGACCCUCGUGGUGUCUUCACAUCUUCGGGACUCUGGACUGGCUUCUUCAAAGUACGAUGA